AUGGUCAGCCUGCGGCUGUGUUUCCCGGCCCCGCUGCUGCCACUGCUGCUGCUCUUGGUAGUGGCCGCGCGAACGCUGCCGGGCGCCAGCGGGACGUGCCCGGAGCGCGCCCUGGAGCGGCGCGAGGAGGAGGCGAAUGUGGUGCUCACCGGCACAGUGGAGGAGAUCCUCAACGUGGACCCGGUGCAGCACACGUACUCAUGCAAGGUUCGAGUAUGGCGGUACUUGAAAGGCAAAGAUGUGGUGGCCCAGGAGAGUCUGCUGGACGGUGGCAACAAGGUGGUAAUUGGUGGCUUUGGAGACCCCCUCAUCUGUGACAACCAGGUGUCCACUGGGGACACUAGAAUCUUUUUUGUGAACCCAGCACCACCCUACCUGUGGCCAGCCCACAAGAACGAGUUGAUGCUCAACUCCAGCCUUAUGCGGAUCACUUUGCGGAACCUGGAGGAGGUGGAGUUCUGUGUGGAAGACAAACCUGGAAUCCACUUCACAGCAGCACCUUCUAUGCCUCCUGAUGUAUGCAGGGGAAUGUUAUGUGGCUUUGGUGCUGUGUGUGAACCUAGUGUUGAGGAUCCAGGCCGGGCCUCCUGUGUGUGCAAGAAGAAUGUCUGCCCUGCUAUGGUGGCUCCUGUGUGUGGCUCAGAUGGCUCCACCUAUAGCAGUGAGUGUGAGCUACAACGUGCACAGUGCAACCAGCAACGGCGCAUCCGCCUACUUCGCCAAGGGCCAUGUGGGUCCCGGGACCCCUGUGCCAAUGUGACCUGCAGUUUCGGUAGUACCUGUGUACCUUCAGCCGAUGGACACACUGCCUCAUGUCUGUGUCCUACAACCUGCUUUGGGGCCCCUGAGGGCACAGUGUGUGGCAGUGAUGGUGUUGACUACCCUAGUGAGUGCCAGCUGCUUCGCCAUGCUUGUGCCAACCAGGAGCACAUCUUCAAGAAGUUCAGUGGUCCUUGUGACCCCUGCCAGGGCAGCAUGUCAGACCUGAACCAUAUUUGCCGUGUGAACCCACGUACACGGCACCCAGAAAUGCUUCGGCGGCCUGAGAACUGCCCUGCCCAGCACACACCUAUCUGCGGAGAUGAUGGGGUCACCUAUGAAAAUGACUGUGUCAUGAGCCGUAUAGGUGCAACCCGUGGCCUGCUUCUCCAGAAAGUGCGCUCUGGUCAAUGCCAAACUCGAGAUCAGUGCCCAGAGACCUGCCAGUUUAACUCUGUAUGCAUGUCCCGCCGUGGCCGUCCCCGCUGUUCCUGCGAUCGUGUCACCUGUGAUGGGGCUUACAAGCCCGUGUGUGCCCAGGAUGGACACACAUAUGAUAAUGACUGUUGGCGCCGACAGGCUGAGUGUCAACAACAGCAGGCCAUUCCCCCCAAACACCAGGGCCCGUGUGACCAGACCCCAUCCCCAUGCCAUGGAGUGCAGUGUGCAUUUGGGGCAGUUUGCACAGUGAAGAAUGGGAAAGCCGUGUGCGAGUGCCAGCGGGUGUGCUCAGAUAUCUACGAUCCUGUGUGCGGCAGUGAUGGUGUCACUUAUGGCAGUGUGUGUGAGCUGGAAUCCAUGGCCUGUGCCCUUGGGCGGGAAAUCCAAGUGGCCCGCAGAGGACCCUGUGACCGAUGUGGACAGUGCCGUUUCGGAUCCCUGUGUGAGGUGGAGACUGGACGCUGUGUGUGCCCCUCUGAAUGUGUGGAAUCAGCCCAGCCCGUAUGUGGUUCUGAUGGACAUACAUAUGCUAGUGAAUGCGAGCUGCAUGUCCACGCCUGUACGCACCAGAUCAGCCUAUACGUGGCCUCAGCUGGACACUGCCAGACCUGUGGAGAAACAGUUUGUACCUUUGGGGCUGUGUGCUCAGCUGGACAGUGUGUAUGUCCCCGUUGUGAGCACCCUCCACCUGGCCCUGUGUGUGGCAGUGAUGGUGUCACCUAUCUCAGUGCCUGUGAGCUACGAGAAGCUGCCUGUCAGCAGCAGGUACAAAUUGAGGAGGCCCAUGCAGGGCCAUGUGAGCCGGCUGAGUGUGGCUCAGGGGGCUCUGGUUCUGGGGAAGACAACGAGUGUGAACAGGAGCUAUGCCGGCAGCAUGGUGGUGUCUGGGAUGAGGACUCAGAAGAUGGGCCAUGUGUCUGUGACUUUAGCUGCCAGAGUGUUCUUAGAAGCCCAGUAUGUGGCUCAGAUGGGGUAACCUAUGGCACUGAGUGUGACCUGAAGAAGGCCAGGUGUGAAUCACAGCAAGAAUUAUAUGUUGUUGCUCAGGGAGCCUGCCGUGGCCCUACCAUGGCUCCACUGCUACCUAUAGCCUUCCCACACUGUGCCCAAACCCCCUAUGGCUGCUGCCAGGACAAUGUCACUGCUGCCCAGGGUGUGGGCUUUGCUGGCUGUCCCAGCACCUGCCAUUGCAACCCACACGGCUCCUAUAGUGGCACUUGUGACCCAGCCACGGGGCAGUGCUCCUGCCGACCCGGUGUUGGAGGCCUCAGGUGUGAUCGCUGUGAACCUGGUUUCUGGAACUUCCGUGGCAUUGUCACUGAUGGACAUAGUGGUUGCACUCCCUGCAGCUGUGACCCUCGGGGUGCUGUAAGAGAUGACUGUGAGCAGAUGACUGGAUUGUGUUCCUGUAGACCUGGUGUGGCUGGUCCCAAGUGUGGGCAGUGUCCAGAUGGUCAAUCCCUGGGCCAUACUGGCUGUGAAGCAGAUCCCAUGACACCUGUGACUUGUGUGGAACUACACUGUGAGUUUGGUGCCUCCUGCAUAGAGGAGGCUGGUUUUGCCCAAUGUGUCUGCCCAACUCUCACAUGUCCAGAGGCUAACUCUACCAAGGUCUGUGGAUCAGAUGGUGUCACGUAUGGCAAUGAAUGCCAGCUGAAGACCAUUGCCUGCCGCCAGCGUCUAGACAUCUCCACUCAGAGUCUUGGUCCAUGCCAGGAGAGUGCUGCUCCUGGGACUUCCCCAACAUCUGCAUCUAUGACCACCCCAAAGCAUAUCCUGAGCAAGACAUUGCCAUUUCCCCACAAUAGCCUUCCUCUGUCCCCCAGCAGUACUACUCAUGAUUGGCCCACCCCAUUACCUGUAUCACCUCAGACCACAGUCAGCAUCCCCAGGAGCACUGCAUGGCCUGUGCUGACUGUGCCUCCAACAGCACCCUCUGAUGUGACCAGUCUUGCAACAUCAAUCUUCAGUGAAUCUGGCAGCGCCAAUGGGAGUGGCGAUGAGGAGCUGAGUGGAGAUGAGGAGGCCAGUGGGGGCGGGUCUGGGGGACUUGAGCCCCCGGUGGGCAACAUUGUGGUGACCCAUGGGCCACCCAUCGAGAGAGCUUCCUGCUACAACUCACCUUUGGGCUGCUGCUCAGAUGGCAAGACACCCUCACUGGACUCAGAAGGCUCUAACUGUCCUGCUACCAAGGCAUUCCAGGGCGUGCUGGAGCUUGAGGGGGUCGAGGGACAGGAACUGUUCUACACACCUGAGAUGGCUGACCCCAAGUCAGAGUUGUUUGGGGAGACUGCAAGGAGCAUUGAAAGCACGUUGGACGACCUAUUCCGGAAUUCAGAUGUCAAGAAGGACUUUUGGAGCAUCCGCCUACGGGAACUGGCUCCUGGCAAAUUAGUCCGUGCCAUUGUGGAUGUUCACUUUGACCCUACCACAGCCUUCCAGGCACCAGAUGUGGGUCAGGCCUUGCUCCGACAGAUCCAGGUAUCCAGGCCGUGGGCCCUGACAGUGAGGAGGCCUCUGCAGGAACAUAUGCGAUUCUUGGACUUUGACUGGUUUCCAACUUUCUUUACGGGAGCUGCAACAGGAACUACAGCUGCCGUGGCCACAGCCAGAGCUACCACUGUGACCCGACUGUCUGCUUCUUCUGUCACUCCACGAGUCUAUCCCAGUUACACCAGCCGGCCUGUUGGCAGAACUACAGUACCACUAACCACUCGCCGGCCACCAACCACUACCACCAGCAUUGACCGGCCUCGGACCCCAGGCCCUCAACAGCCCCCAAAGUUCUGUGAUUCCCAACCUUGCCUCCAUGGAGGUACCUGCCAGGACCAGGAUUCUGGCAAGGGUUUCACCUGCAGCUGUACUGCAGGCAGGGGUGGCACUAUCUGUGAGAAAGUACAAGCUCCCUCUGUGCCAGCUUUUAAGGGCCACUCCUUCUUGGCUUUCCCUACCCUCCGGGCCUACCACACACUGCGUCUGGCACUAGAAUUCCGAGCACUGGAGACAGAGGGACUGCUACUCUAUAAUGGCAAUGCACGUGGCAAAGAUUUCCUGGCUCUGGCUCUGUUGGAUGGUCAUGUACAGUUCAGGUUCGACACAGGGUCAGGACCAGCAGUUCUAACGAGCUUAGUGCCAGUGGAACCAGGACGGUGGCACCGCCUCGAAUUGUCACGGCAUUGGCGGCAGGGUACACUCUCUGUGGAUGGCGAGACUCCUGUUGUAGGUGAAAGUCCCAGUGGCACUGAUGGCCUCAACUUGGACACGAAUCUCUAUGUGGGUGGUAUCCCAGAAGAACAAGUUGCCAUGGUGCUUGAUCGGACCUCUGUGGGCAUCGGCCUGAAAGGAUGCAUUCGUAUGUUGGAUAUCAACAACCAGCAGCUGGAGCUUAACAGUUGGCAGAGGGCUGCGGUUCAAAGCUCUGGUGUGGGAGAAUGUGGAGACCAUCCGUGCUUACCUAACCCCUGCCAUGGUGGGGCCCUAUGCCAGGCACUGGAGGCUGGCAUGUUCCUCUGUCAGUGCCCACCUGGCCGCUUUGGCCCAACUUGUGCAGAUGAAAAGAGUCCCUGCCAGCCAAACCCCUGCCAUGGGGAAGCUCCCUGCCGUGUGCUUUCCAGGGGUGGGGCCAAGUGUGAGUGUCCCCUGGGACGUGGUGGUAACUUCUGUCAGACAGUCCUGGAGACUGCUGGUUCCCGGCCCUUCCUGGCUGACUUUAAUGGCUUCUCCUACCUGGAACUGAAAGGCUUGCAUACCUUCGAGAGAGACCUAGGGGAGAAGAUGGCACUGGAGAUGAUAUUCUUGGCUCGUGGGCCCAGUGGCUUACUCCUCUACAAUGGGCAGAAGACAGAUGGCAAGGGGGACUUUGUAUCCCUGGCCCUGCAUAACCAGCACCUAGAGUUCCGCUAUGACCUUGGCAAGGGGGCUGCAGUCAUCAGGAGCAAAGAGCCCAUAGUCCUGGGCACCUGGGUCAGGGUAUUCCUGGAACGAAAUGGCCGCAAAGGUGCCCUUCAAGUGGGUGAUGGGCCUCGGGUGCUAGGGGAGUCUCCGGUGCCGCACACCAUGCUCAACCUCAAGGAGCCUCUCUAUGUUGGGGGAGCUCCUGACUUCAGCAAGCUGGCCCGGGGGGCUGCAGUGUCCUCUGGCUUCGAUGGUGCCAUCCAGCUGGUGUCUCUAAGAGGCCAUCAACUGCUGACUCAGGAGCAUGUAUUGCGGGCAGUAGAUGUGUCACCUUUUGCAGACCACCCUUGUACCCAAGCCUUGGGCAACCCCUGCCUUAAUGGGGGCUCGUGUGUCCCAAGGGAAGCUGCUUAUGAAUGCCUGUGUCCUGGGGGCUUCUCUGGGCUGCACUGCGAGAAGGGACUAGUUGAGAAGUCAGUGGGGGACCUAGAAACACUGGCCUUUGAUGGGCGGACCUACAUCGAAUACCUCAAUGCUGUGAUUGAGAGUGAGAAAGCACUGCAGAGCAACCACUUUGAACUGAGCUUACGCACUGAGGCCACUCAAGGGCUGGUGCUGUGGAUUGGCAAGGCUGCAGAACGUGCAGAUUACAUGGCUCUGGCCAUUGUAGAUGGGCACCUACAGCUGAGCUAUGACCUAGGUUCCCAGCCAGUUGUGCUGCGCUCCACUGUGAAGGUCAACACCAACCACUGGCUUCGAAUCAGGGCUCACAGGGAGCACAGGGAAGGUUCCCUUCAAGUGGGCAAUGAAGCCCCUGUGACUGGCUCUUCCCCAUUGGGUGCCACACAAUUGGACACAGAUGGAGCCCUGUGGCUUGGAGGCCUGCAGAAGCUUCCUGUGGGGCAGGCUCUACCCAAGGCCUAUGGCACAGGUUUUGUGGGCUGUCUGCGGGACGUGGUAGUGGGCCAUCGCCAGCUGCAUCUGCUGGAGGACGCUGUCACCAAACCAGAGCUAAGACCCUGCCCCACUCCCUGAGCUGCCACCAGAGCUGCCACCUUCCCUACUGUAAUUAUUUUCUAUUUUUGUAAACUUGUUGCAUUUUUAUAUGAUUUUCUUGACUGCACGUUGGCCAGAAGGACUGCUGACCUGGCCUCCUUUCCGUCCGGGCAGCUGUGCUGCAGAGACAAAGUGGUGCUGAGGGACUCUUAAGUGGACCGUAGCACCUAGAGCCCUGGGCUUUGAAGGCCACCUUAGGACACACUCCUCUGCCUAAGGUACCAUGCCUCAGCCCCUUGCACUGUAUGUUCCUACCUGUCCACUUGUAUUGGUCCUUUGGGUCUCCUGGCCCAUUGCUAGGCCCUGUUUGUGUGUUAUUAAUGUGUUAUUGGAUGAGAACUGUGUCCCUGAGCAGGAGGGGGCUGUUGGGGUUGAGGGGGCCCUUCAUUAAACCAAGUAACAUUGGGUCCUUUGUAGGUUCCCACUUAAGCUGCUCUCCUGUGUGUGCUAAGAGCCAUCCUCACCCCAGGCUAGCCUGGACCCCUAGUGCUCCUGUGACAAUACUGUGAUAUUGAAAAACUGAUAACAAUUGGAGCAUCAUCUUACUUCCCAAAAUGUGUUUGCCUGUCACUGGAGACUGGAAACAGAAGCCAGGCUCCAUCUAAGUUGGCCUGACUGGCCCUCAGCUGGCCUUACCCACCUACUCAGUUACUCUGAACAUGGUCAUCCUUUCCCCAAAACACCAGGCCACUUAGGAACCCCUAAGAGGGAGUGCGUCACUAUGGGAUGUGGUUGACCUCCAUUGCUUACCUGCCUGAGCAGCCAGCUGCACCUGUCUCUCAAAGAUAUCUAGCCAGACUCCUAACCACAUUCUUCAACCACUGAUCUGUUUGAUUUCUGAUGUGGAAGUUCGGUCAUUCCUGUUUAACUCAGAGCAACCUUUAAUUGGUCUAAUGUGAGGGCAACCCUCAAUUGGUCCAUUGUAAUGGUGGUCAUCCUUGUCUGAGUGACAGUUACCUGCCCAGUGUCCAGCCAAGGGCAGGCACAGGAAUGGCAGAGAUGACUAUGGAGCCAAAAAUGACUGAAACUGAAGCAACUGUCUGUUUCUCCAUUCCCUAUCUUUAAUGUCCAGCACAGUCAUCUUGGGAGAAAGACUAGACAGAUCUGGGAUGGGGGCAGUCUGACCUUCUUCCUGCUUCAGCAAUCCAAGGCUAGAGGGAGCUGCAUGGGAUCUUGUUACUAACUCCAGUAUGUAUCAAUGUCAAAUACCAUGAAAUAAAGUCUGAAAACCUUAAAA